AUGCGCACUCUGUUUCGUGGUAACUCUUGGCUGGUCCUGCUUGAUCAAGGACGUCUGAGCGUAUAUCAAAAAGGGAGGCUUGUUUCCCAACUACAAGCGGCUCGCUUUAAUGAGCUGCAGUGCUCUCUGGCAGAAAGUCACGACAAUGAUAAGCGUAAUGAUGUCGACAGCGGCCGUGAGCUCUUCAUCUACGGAAACAACGGCAAUUCGAUUGUUCAACUAAAACUAGAUUCCCAGAAUAGUUGUUUCAGCCAAGUUGAUAUUUUGAAGGUGAGUUUUCAGAUUUCAAAGUUUUUGGUGUUUCCCGCUGUAGGGUGGGUUUUAGCUACAGAUAACGUUACUGGAGCACUUCACUUAUUUGAUACGAUUAACGAGCGUUAUAAGGGCCGUAUAAGAGUCGACACAACUUGUUGCAAGGUGUGGAAGAAGGGAGAUUACGAGUUCAAGGUGAUGACUCGACUGUUCGAUCCGGAAACGUUAUUAAUCAAGAGAUUUCUCAACACGUACGCAAUUGACAAGACUGCCAAUAAUACUUACCUACGCACAAGCGUCUUGUUGGACCAUCAUUCUGCUAAUCGCUGGGUGUGCAAUGGCCUAGGAAACAGCGAGUUCUUCUCAAUCGUCUCGUCUGAAGGCUUCACUAGUCUCGUUGAAAUUUUUCUUCCACACGCGAAAAGGCCAUUUCAUCAAAUAACACUUCCAUUUCCUAUCUCCAAGCACCAGGCAUGGUUUUCUAGUCCAUUGAGCAUGCUACUGGUGCUCCAGAACCGCCGAGGUCUUGAAAUGUGCGAGAUCGACUUAGUGACGCAACAGAAGCUGCGCACGAUACCCAUACACGAAAUCUCUGUCGCCUCCUAUCGUCAAGUAACUGAUACUGCCAAACCCACACAGAUGGAUUUAUUCUCCACGGUAGCUGCCACAGACUUCGAGAUUCAGAACUUACAGUUCACGUCAAGUCGCACAGUGGUUUUUAUUGUAAAGUCUGCUCCUUGGGUUCUUUUUGCAUGGCACGGCUCCCAAUUAUAUGCCUGGUGGUUUCCGUCUGCGAUUCUUGGCGUGUCCAACCUCGAAAAGGCCGAAUUGAUAGAAGUGGAGUGCUUAAGCAGUGUGUCUAGCAGCAUUACAGAAAAUUUCCAUAUCGAGCUUCGCGACCUCGAACCCACAGAAAUCAAUACGUCUUGGUUCGGGAUGGGACAGCCGCCAAAAUCCCAAACGGUUCCUUUCCAUUGA